UUGCAACUGUAUCAUGUUUGCUUUAGGCCCCGAGAACACGGCGGGGUUUGUACUGGUGAGAAGCCCUAGCUGGUUACCGUGUGUGGUUGAACGCAUUCUGGCUAUGAUGUGAGGGCACUUUGUUGUGAAGCUUCAGGUGCGACCUAGCGGAUGCACGCGGUAACUGCAGCGGCGCGCGGGAGAUAUCCACAUUUUGUCAGUGAGCGCUGGAGGAGCUGUCCACCAGCACGGUGCUGAAGUGGGUCCGACACAGCGCUGCACGGUGCACCAAGUAUCUUAGAUUCUCACACAUUUAAAGGAUGGACUCAAUGAACACGCUGCCCGUGCCUCCGUAUGUCGAGCUGGGUGUCCAUUCCCUGAGUGGCCUACUGUGGACUCUGCUGCUCCUCUUCCUGUGGCACUGCUAUCGGAUGGGCUCCGACCUGCCAAUCCCAGGUCAUGCACAUGCCGGAAAGCUUAAGUCGGGCUCAAGGCGGUCUAUUAUGUCCCGUGGCGGUAGCUUUGCUGGAACCAAGUGUAGUGCACGAUCCAAGCUGUUGAGAAGUGAUCAGAUUACUCCCUUUAUUUCCAUGGAAACUGAGGAGGAUGAGGAGCAGGGACAAGGAUACCUCACCCCAGUGCUGAGUCAUGCCUUGUUCCCAGCUCAGGCAUCUGCAGAAGCCAAGAAACUGUACGCAGCCCUGCAAGAGUAUGCCAAGCGCUACAGUUGGGUGGGCAUGGGCCGCAUUCAUAAGAGCCUCCGUGAGCAGGUCCAUCUGAACGAUCACUCUGCUAUACAGAAGCCUCAUCUCUUCUUCCUGCCAGAUGUCCCAAGUGUUCCUUUCUUCCCAAGAGAUGCUCAUCGGCAUGACAUUGAGGUCUUGGAAGCCAACUAUUCUGUAAUCUUGGCUGAAUUCAAGGCUGUAUACCAGCGGGGCAUCGACUCAAAACUAGGCUGGACCUGUGUGGGACCAAAGGGCCAGGCAGUGUUUUCUUUAUACAGCGCAGGUGUUUCUGUGGCAGGAAACUGUCGCUCCUGUCCCUGCACCUACCGGACUCUUCUCUCUCUGCGUACGUUCAUCAGCAGCAACUCUUUAGGAUCUGCUGGAUUUUGGCUGUUAGGGCCCGGAGCCACGUUGGGUAGUUCAUAUGGACCCACUAAUACUCGCCUACGUUGUCAUCUUGGUCUGCAGACUCCCUCCCUGUGUGAGCUGGUGGUGGGAGGGGAGCCUCAGUGCUGGUCGGAGGGGCACUGCCUCCUGGUUGAUGACUCCUUCCUCCACACCGUCUCCCACAAGGGGUCUCCAGAUUCGGGGCCCCGAGUCAUUUUGAGUGUGGACCUCUGGCAUCCAAAUGUGGCUGCAGCAGAGAGACAAGCUUUGGACUUCAUGUUCAGCCCCGACCUCUGAAGUUGCUGCUGCCAAAUACCGAUACUCAUCAGGCAGGGAUGCCUUGCCCAGCUGCUAGUUGUAGGUGAUGCAUCUCAUUCCAGUCGACGAAUCACUGUGUUUAUCUGCCCCUAAGAAUUACACAAGCCAUUGACCAUGCUUUCAAAGUGGGUGUUUGGUUUUAAGAUCUACAACAAGAUGUGUGUAUUAUUAUGGAUGAUGUGAGGAAGUGUUACAUGCUAGAACGUUUUGCUGCAAACUAGGAGCUGACAUCACCUGCAAGUGCAAUGAGAUCCGAUCUAAAAAGAGCACAUCUGGUUUAGUUGUAAAUUGUUUCUUGACGUCAUAUGUUAGUGAAUGCUAUUUGCAUGUGAAACCUAUCUGUCCUGAUCCCUGGACGCAUGCACACAAACACACGAGUUAGCAUGGGAUGCUUUCUGGUUAUCUAUAGUUCAACCAAAAAACUGUGAAAACAAGAAAAACAUAUACAUUUCUAUUUAUUUUCCAAAACGAAUGCCAAACGUAUAUUAACACACUGUGGUUAUUCCUUCUCUUCUUAUUACCUCUACAUGUGCCUGUAUGUAAUUAUAAAUCGAUGUUUUGUUGUUGGUGGUUUGCCUGUGGUUUACACUUGUAUGUCAUGCAGACAUUCAGGUAUUUUGGAAUCCAAAUAACAAAUAAAUGCAUGAAAUGAAUCAGUAUGGACUGUGUGUAAAAACAAGUGUAUGUAUGCAACAUAUUCGUGAUUGGUUUUAAGAUGUCACAUUGUUUUUAUUACAGAAAAAUAGCCUGUUUAAUACUUCGAUUGUUUAA